AUGAUCGCGAUGAGACAAAGAAAAAUUCAGGACAGAUCGAGCAAAACAGAGAUCAGUGUUAGUGGGAGAGAUGUGGGAAGUUUAAGCGGCGAGGAAUUGAUGAUGAUCAGACGCCGGCGACGGGAGAGUGACGGAGAAAGGUGGAGGUUGAGACACGUGGAUGAAGUGGUGAGGAAAUUGAUGAUGAGGAAACCGAAGAGCUCUAAGGUCUUUACGGCAACAGUGAAGAAGGAGAUUAUAGAGAUUGAGUCAGACAGUGACAGAGAUGAAGAAGCUGGUGGUCGAGUGCUGGCUCUCUGUGGUGGUCAAGUCAAUGCAUCAACUGAGAUUGUUUGUGCUGAAAAAGGCCAAACCGGUAUGGAGAUUGUUUGUGCUGAUGAUGAUUGCAACAACUCCGGUUUGGAAUAUGAUGUGGAGUACAAGAAGUACUUGGCGAGCUGUACCGAAAUCAACCUGUAUUUGCCUCAUAAGAGGGACGCUUCUCCAAUGCGUCUCAUGUACACUGAGAUGAAGAAAGGCAGAGCAGUGAAAUCUGAGAAGAGAAGAUCUGAGUCUGCUCUGGCUUCAAGAUGUUCAAAGAGGUUGAAGAUUGAUAAUGGUAAAGCUGAUCGUAGAAGGAAGACUGGUCAGACCAAGAAGACAAUCAAACUAGAGAGCAAACGCAAGAGAGAAGAUUCUCGAGCGACGAGGAAGGUUGAUCUGAGCAAGAAGACUAUCAAGGUAGAGCCUAGAAGCAGUGUCAAAGAUACCAAACAGAAGAAAGGAGAAAGGAAGAUUGAUCUGACCAAGAAAAAAGUCAAAUUAGAGCCUCAAAGUAGUGUCAAAGACAAGAAAGAAGAUGCUCGUCGAAUGACUAAGAUCAAGAAGGAGAAUGAGCAGAGCGCUGCAAGGAGAAAUGCAAAGUCUGAGACGGUUUUAAGAGCUUCAAAGAGAUUGAGGACUGAAAAUAGGACUACUCACAAGAAAGAAGAGACCAAAAUGAAGAUCACUGUGUCCAAAAGCAAUGUCAAAGCAAAGACUACAAAAGACAACGUAAGUCACAGUUUCAAGCCGUGCAAGGAGGAGAGUGAAGAGACUCUAUCGGCAGUAGAUAAAGGAUAUGCUUAUUUCUUAGCAUUUGUGAGGAAUUCAAUUACUGUGGUCCCUGAACCGGAGCGGAAAGUGAAACCUGUAGAAAAUUCGGUGUGUUUGUACGAUCCUGAUAUUAUCGCAGUCAGUGAUCAUCCGUUUUUCGAUGGAGGCAAGUCACCAUUCGAGGCAAACAGAGACGGCAAAGUGAUAGAUCUUGAAGAUGGUAUUGAACCAGACAAUAUAUUCAACUCUUCGUUUAGCAAGAGGCUAAUGGAAGUCCUCAGAGAGCCUUAUGAUAAAAAGGAGUUUGUGAAACUCUACCAUCAGGCAUCACACAAGAGACCUUUAACUCGGUAUAGGCAAUUGCGUAACGGAACCGAGAUUGAGUAUAAUGUUCAUAACCAGUUGACACAUUCAUAUCUCCAAGACUAUCCAGAUUUCAAAAAGCAGUUAAGUCGUUAUCGGAAAGAUCCUCCUAGAGCUCUGAACUUAUUGCGCGGAUUUCUCUUUUACUUAGAGAACAUAACUCUUGAAGGUGCAUUCAAACCAUGGAAGUAUGAACAACGUUUGAUGAGAGAAUGCAAGAUCUUGUAUGCAUCAAGCAGCUCCGCACCACAUAGCUCUUGA